UGGUUUUUAUCAGUAUACACACGCAUAUAUUUUUCUCUCACAUCCUUGCUCCUUGCCAAAUCUAUGCCAAUAGAAUUACCAGUAGGCAUAUUCCUCGUACCCUUUUAACUUCAUUUGUCCAAAAAAAAAAAAAAAGUUGCACUCCGAUCCAUGGAUUCGAAACAAGAAAUAACUAAGCCACACGCCUUGUGCAUACCAGCCCCGGCACAAGGACACAUAAACCCAAUGCUAAAACUAGCCAAAAUUCUUCAUUCCAAAGGCUUCCUAAUCACCUUUGUCAAUACCGAAUACAACCACCAACGUCUUCUUAAAUCACGAGGCCCUGACGCUCUCAUCGGGCUCUCUACUUUUCGGUUCGAGAGCAUUCCUGAUGGUGUUCCAAAAUCUGAAAAUUCCGAUGCUACCCAAAAUGUGUAUGAUAUAUGUAAAUAUACCCAAGAAACUUGUCCGGGUCCAUUUAAAGACCUUAUUGACAACUUAAGUAGUACGUUUUCUCCAGUGACUUGCAUAAUUUCGGAUUUACUUAUGGGAUUUACUGUUGAAGUAGCUAAAAAACUUGGUAUCCCCGAGUUUAUAUUUUCGACUGGUGGAGCUGGUGCUCUUGUUUGUUAUGAUCAAUAUCCUGCUCUUGUGGAGAAGGGCUUGAUGCCCCUAAAAGAUCCAAGUUAUGCGGUAAAUGGCUAUUUGGAUACCAUUGUAGAUUGUAUACCGAAUAUGAACGGUAUAAGUUUAAAACAUAUCCCCCCUUUUAUUAGAUAUAUAAACCCUGGUGACGAAUUCAUGGUCGAAUUUACAAAUGCACAAAUCGUGAAGGCUAAAACUGCUUCCGGCAUCAUUUUCAACACGUUUGAUGAACUAGAACGUGACAUUUUGGGCACACUUGCCUCGGUGUUUCCCCCUGUCUACGGUAUUGGUCCUUUGCAUUUACUAGAGAACCACAUUGAUGAUAAGUCUCUAGCGUCUAUCGGGUCAAACCUUUGGAAAGAAGAGCCCGAAUGCUUAAAAUGGCUAGACUUAAAAGCGCCAUCCUCAGUUGUUUACGUGAACUUUGGUAGCAUUGUUGUUAUGACACCACAACAGCUAGCCGAGUUUUGUUGGGGACUUGCUAAUAGUUACCAUUCAUUCUUGUGGAUAAUGCGACCCGGGCUUGUGAGUGGUGAGUCAGAUGAGCUUAUAACAGAGUUUCUUAAAGCGACAAGUGAUAGAGGGAUGUUGGCUGGAUGGUGCCCUCAAGAGCAAGUUCUAAAUCAUCCGUCUAUAGGUGGGUUUUUGACACAUUGUGGAUGGAAUUCAAUGAUCGAGAGUAUUUCAAGUGGAGUACCAAUGAUUUGUUGGCCAUUCUUUUCGGACCAAUUCCCAAAUUGUUGGUUGAGUUGCACUAGAUGGAGGGUUGCAAUGGAGAUCGACAACGAUGUAAAAAGGGAUGAUGUGGCUAAGCUUGUAACCGAGUUGAUGGCCAAAGACAAUGGAAAGGAGAUAAGGAAGAAUGCCAAUUUUUGGAAAAGCAGGGCCAAUGAAGCAUGCGCCUUUCCUUCUGGCUCUUCUAUUAUCAAUUUGGAGAAACUAAUUCACCAACUAAAAAUAAAUCUAAUAUGACUCAUCUGAGUGUACUAUAAUAACAUGUAUCAAUAUAUUUAUCUUUAUGCA